GGCGGUACUUACAAGCCAACGGGCACAGCGCCGCUCGCUACCACGUAUGAUGUAGAUUACCUUUCGGGGACGCGCUGCAUGCUGUACAAUGGUGGACUCAGGGGCGACAAGCGUUUUUCGACGCCGGCAUGUGCUGCCGAGUAAGUUUACGAAUAUAGUCGUAGGAGUCGGACGUCGGACGCACUUGGUGUCUUCGGUGCUAAUCAUGGGAGGAAGCGAGAGGGCUAAGCAGUUUCGCAACUAUCCGCCCGAAAUUGCUAUGAUGGAAUGUCACUCGGGACAGCUCUCAAUUGAGCAAUCCGAACUGCCGAUAAUUACUGAGCCUUGUCGACCACCGCUGAGCGCGGUGCAACCUGCCAGCUACGUACCAACUGCAUCUGUGCCACGGCCAGAGUCCCAACAGUUCCACCUAUGAACGGCUACUUGCCGCUCACUUACGAGGCUCGCCGCACAGCAUGAGGUC